GGGCUACCGCUAGAAGCGAGUUGUUGACGUCAGCUGACUUGUUUUUGUGGGUGAAAUUCCGAAAUUGCUGGAGGAAAAUGCCACGUAAUUUUCACUGAGAAAACCAAAGGAAAAUGGGAAAUUCAAGCAGUGUGGAAUUACCCGGUGGCGGUUCCGAAGGAUACCAUGUGCUUAGAGUCCAGGAGAACUCUCCAGGAGCAAAAGCCGGCCUGCAGCCGUUCUUCGACUUCAUAGUGGUGAUAAAUGGGGUGCGCUUGGACAGGGAUGAUGGCCGACUGAAAAACAUCUUGCACACUAACGUUGGAAAAACGGUUCCAGUCACGGUUUAUAGCUGUAAAACGCAAACUGUUCGCGAGAUCCAGAUCGUUCCAGACGACUCCUGGGGCGGACAAGGACUGCUGGGGAUUAGCAUCCGGUUCUGUUCCUUUGAAGUGGCCAAGGACAAUGUAUGGCAUAUCAUGGAAGUUCAUCCAGGGUCGCCUGCUGAAGCUGCCGGGCUGCGCGCAUUUUCUGACUACGUGAUUGGUUCAGAUUCGAUUCUGCAUGAAAGCGGGGAUCUGUUUAAUCUCAUAGAGAACCAUAACGGCAGUCCUUUGAAGCUGUAUGUGUACAACUGCGAACAGGAUUCUUGCCGGGAAGUUAUUAUAACUCCGAACUCUCAAUGGGGCGGAGCAGGACUUGUUGGCUGCGGAAUCGGUUACGGCUACCUCCAUCGCAUCCCAGUGCGCAUCAGCACUUCUGAGCAAUCCAACCCUUCUGUUGGUUCCCAUCCACAGCCACACACAACAACUGCAGUUCCUAUUGCAAGCAUUCCGAGUGACAACACCCAACUGAGUACCGCUCAUUUCGUCGGAGUAUCCAACGUUGCGCCACCCACUUCGCUACCUCCCUUUAUGCUGACUGCAGCUCAGACGCCUGUAUCAUCGUCAGUUCUGAGUACCAGCGCUGGGGUUCAGAAGCCCCAGAUAAGCGCGAUUCCCAGUAUAUGCGCUCAGGCGCCCGGAGCUGUUACGUCAGGCCUGCCUAGCUACCCGUUGGCGCCGCCAACGAUUCCCAGCACGGGAGUUACUCAAGUCGCUUACUUACCACCAGCCACUCAAAUUUCAGGGAUUACCCCCGAGGCUCAGCUACCACCUCAGCCUGUUGCUUACACGUUUCAACCUCCCCCUGCAGUGACAAUGUUUGGGCCAACUGCGACUACAGUUUCCACUAUCGCUCAUGUUAGUGGGCCAGUGACUCCUGGAAGUUUUGCGCUGCCGCCUGCAUCUCAGCAAGCGGUGCCCCCAGUGCCGAUGUAUGAUCCAGCCAGUUUCCAGCAACCGCAGUUGGCUGCUCAGAACGUUCAGAAUCCGCUGAUUUAUGAUCCCACCAUCGCCGCCAUGUCGGCGCGCCAGAUUCUGAGCGGCAAUUUGGAAACCAGUUAGGAACACCUUUCUAGUCAGAUAAACGGAGUUCGGAAAUUGAUUGGGCACUCGAAGAACAGUGACUUUGCGGUUUAGCGAUUAUUAUGCUCCGGUUUUAAUCGAGAAACUUGUGUUUUUGUUUCGGCACUAUAGUCGGUCACUUAUGCGGAUUUUUCUAGGGAUUAAGGUAAACGUUUCUAUAUUUCUUGCUGUACACUAUUUGAUUGCCUUUUGUAAAUAAAGUUUGUAUGUGCUGUUUA